GCUGCCCCUGUGACGUCUUCAAACUCCUUUUUCUAAUCUGAUUACACACACACCGAGCUCGCAGCUGUUCAUCCAUCAACACCUUCAAGGCAUUAAUUAUCAUCGCCAUCACUCCAAACACAUCCGUCUCUGUGUCUCUCUCUCCAGAGUCUCAUCGUCGUCUUUACUCACCUUACCCCGCCGCUCACCAUGGCCUGCUGUGGAAAAGGUGACAAGUGUUGCCAAGCAUCGGCCUCGUCGUCGUCGAAUCACUCCAACGCAUCUUCGUCGUCAUCGUCGUCUACACCUACCGCCGUGCCUCUACCAUCCGCUUCAAAGAAAGUGCCUGGAGAAUCCAAUGUAGAUCCCACAAAACCCAUAUGGUACCUUGAUAACCCGACUCCAGCCCCUCAGACCAGACGACAACAACUCCAAGCGUUGAUGGCUGCUGAACAACCUCUCGGGAGCAAAUGUGGAGUUCAUGAAGAUGGAGAAGAGAGGGGAACAUGUUGUAAAGAGCUCAAGGGGGAAGAUGAAAGACAUCUAGUGGCUCCAGAGAUCGUAAGGGAUGUGAUCAUCGGACUCUCCGAUGGUCUCACCGUCCCUUUUGCCUUGACUGCGGGAUUGUCUUCCCUCGGAUCAUCGAAACUCGUCGUCACGGGUGGAUUGGCGGAGCUAUGUGCAGGUGCCAUCUCCAUGGGUCUAGGAGGGUUUCUCGCAUCUCAAGCUGAACUGGACCACUUUCAUUAUCUCCAAAGACAGACUUCUGCCCGAGUCCUCAGAUCAUGCUCUGGCGAGAUGGAAAGGGAGGUUCACUCGAUUCUCGGUCCACUUGGGAUCAAAGAACCUCUGUCGCGCUUGGUCGCCGAAGAUUUGAGGUCUGUAGAAGAGGACGUCUGGGGCGACAGAGCAGACGGCGCAGAAGGAACGGAAGGGGUCAUUGGUGCCACGAAUGGAGGAUCCCCCCAACGGAGACAGAGACAGACCAAAGGUUCAUGGUGGAAGUUUGGUCGUGCAGGUGAAAAUGACCAAGAGGAAGAAGGAGGCUUGAGGAGAGGCUCAGAGAUGGGUCUUACAGCGUUCUUGCUCAAAUUUGGCGAAGGCUUAGAGGAAGUCCCUCAAUCUCGAUUAUGGAUCUCCGCCCUUACCAUUGGAAUGUCUUACUUUAUCGGGGGGCUCAUUCCUCUGAUACCAUACAUGGCGACGAACGAUGCAGAGACGGGUUUGAUCAUCUCGUGUAUAGUCACUGGAGUCAUCUUGUUCAUCUUUGGAGCGUUCAAGACGUACUUUACCGGUGCCACAGGUGGAUUCGGUGGCUACCUGUACGGAGCCACCAGCACGAUGAUCGUCGGUGGACUCGCAGCUGGUGCUGCGUUUGGUCUCGUCAAGGUACUCGGUGUGAAAGAAUGAGCUGGGCGAAGAAGGAAGAAGGAUCACAAAGACGAGACAAGGAAGUCGAUAUUUCUAGAAGACUGGGUUCUUUGCCUGUCAAGCC